ACGAGAUCGCAUCGAAACUCCGACGCUUUUUAACAUGCUACGUGGAGAUCGCAUGAAGUCACAUACCUAUAAUAAAAAACUCUGAGAGAUUUUUAUUUUAAUAAUAUUUCUGGUCGAUGAUAAUUUGUCAAUUCAUCUGACUGCAAAAAUCUGAAAUUGAAGAAAACAACGUUUUCGUGAGCAGCGAAUAUUAAAUGCAGAUAUAUAAAGUUGUAGGAAAUGGACUGAAACUCUUUUAUGGGCCAACACAGUAAACCGCAGUGUAAUUUACGGAGAUCGUGCGUAUAUGAUUUUUUUUUAAAUAUAUCUGCGAGAUAUUAUGACAUUACUUGCGUAAAAGUUUUAUAGUGACUGCGCGAAACCGUCAGAAUUCAUCUUUCGCGACUUUAUAAAAUCUGACACUCGAUAAAAUCUCUAUCUUUAUACAUUUAUGUAUAAUAUUUAAUUUUAAUAGCAUGUGUAUAUCAUGUUGAUAAUAACGUUACGCAUUAUAUUGUAUGAGGCACGUCUUUUAUGUAUGAACAUAUGUGUUUAAGAGUGUCAUGUUAUCAUCAAAAUUAAUAGAAACCUCUCAGCCAGAUCAAUAGCAAUAAUAAAAAUCGUUUCGUCGAAAGAUCGGCUUUUGUUAGCCGUUAUGGUAUCAUGUAUAACAAAGAGGCACAACUAGAUAAAGUCUCAUGAUACACUCAUAAUAAAAUGUCCUACAGACGAGCACAUUUUUCACGCUUGUUUGUCAUCGAAAUCCACGCUAUACGUGACGUACAUGUAUCAUAAACGAUCCUAUCCGAAUCGAAUGGAUGAAUUUCAACGAAAGUACAGAGACAAAUUUGUUUGAUGUGCACGCGAGUCUGUCUUCUCACAAGAAGAAGCAAGAGUUGGAGAAAAGAAAGAGGAAAAGAGAGAGAGAGAGAGAGAAAGAGCGAUUUGCAAUAGCUCCGUCGCAUCUCAUAGGUGAUGGGUCGAGGCAUCGAGUGGGGCCCAGACUGGCCCGUAUAAAAGGGGGCUUCAAGACAUCCGCGGAGCAUCAGUCCUCAAAUCAAGGAACGGCAGCAACCAUGAGGGCAUUCGUGAUCCUGGCGCUCGCCGCCACGGCGAUGGCGCGGCCGGAAGCCGGAUACCCUUACAGCCAACCGAGCAAUAGCUACGGUGCUCCCGGAGGUGGUUCCAUCGGCGGAGGUUUCGGCGGAACUGGCGGUGGAAUCGGCGGUCUUGGUGGCGGACAUGGCGGUGGUCUAGGAGGUGGAUUCGGCGGCGGUUCCGGUGGUGGAUUCGGCGGCGGUGGCGGUGGCGGUGGCGGAUUCGGCGGCGGAUUCGGUGGCGGUGCCGGUGGUGGUGGCGGUGGCGGAUUCGGCGGUGGAUUCGGAGGUGGCGAUUUCGGCGGCGGAUUCGGAGGCGGAGGCUCGCUCAUUCAGAAACACAUCUACGUUCACGUGCCGCCCCCGGAGGCACCCGAGGACAGACCAAUCAGGCCGAUCGCACCACCGGCCCCAGCGCAGAAACACUACAAGAUCAUCUUCAUCAAAGCGCCUACUCCACCGACCCCGACCGCACCUGUAAUCCCGGCGCUACCGCAGCAGGAUGAACAGAAGACUCUCAUCUACGUCUUGGUGAAGAAACCCGAGGAGGCACCCGAGAUCAACUUGCCCACCAUCACACCCACUCAGCCCAGCAAACCGGAAGUCUACUUUAUCAAAUACAAGACGCAGAAGGAAAUCACCGGUGGCGGCGGCGGCGGCGGCGGCGGCGGUCACGGUGGUGGCAUUGGCGGUGGAAUCGGAGGUGGAAUCGGCGGUGGAAUCGGCGGCGGUAUCGGCGGCGGUAUCGGCGGCACCGGCAUCGGUGGCGGAAUCGGCGGCACCGGACCGAGCGGACCCAGCACGAAUUACGGGGCACCCGGUGGGUCCGGGCCAUACUAGUCAAUUCACCGCUACCCCAAAAGUCGCGGCCCCUCCGUCCUUCUCCUCCAUCAUUCACCGACACACACGCAUACACCGCUCAACACAUACCUCUAACAUGAUCAGCGACGAUGAUACUUGCCGUAUUGACGUAUCGCUGUAUUGUAUAUCGCGCGAUCGCCGAGAGAAAAAGACGACAACAAUGAUAAAGACGGCGAUGAUGAUGACGAUAUUGAAUACGAUGACGACGACGACGAUGAUAGUGAUGAUGAGAAUAAUGAUGAUGUUGAUAUCGAUGAUCAUAACGA